CUUUCGCCCAAUGUCAGCUGGGAUUGGCUCCAGCCCCCCACAACCAUGUACACAGGAUAAACGGUUGACGAUGGAUGGAUGGAUGGAUGGGCUCAAUGCUGGUUGCUUUUGGCCCUGUUAUUCUUGAACACGAGCCAUUGAUUGGUGGCUUCAAGAGCCUACCACCUCCCACAAAUUACGCUGACCUCCUGGAGCUUGAUGAACUACGUGGCUGCCAGUAUUUUGAAAAGUUAAUGGGAAAGUGAAUGGGGUGGCCAAACAGCUACAGGACACCUUCCCAUGGUUGUUUUCAUCUGCAUGCGCUAACUGCACUGCUGUACGCCAGGCUGCAGCAGAGUGCUUGGACUGGAUAACCUAAAGUGAAGCCGUUUCGUGAUGGAUCCACAUAUCAAUGGCCUGCUGGAGAGCCUGGAGAGGAGGGUCCAGAAAUGGACCUUUUAUGGGCCUUCCUUGUGCUCAACCCUCAGACAGCGACUGGUGAUGAGGCAGUUAAUGUGAACAUAGACCAGCAGAGCCUGAUGCAGGGCCUGUUGUCAGAGGUGGGUGAAUGGAGGCAGCUCUACCCAUCAUUGAGCAAGCUGGCUGACAAUGGCCUGACCAUCCUAGUUUUAGAGUGUAAACUGUGAAAGGGAUUUCUCUACAAUGAACAGGCAAGGGGGGAAGACCUUGCCGCUUGUUUGUGCUUGAGCAUCAAUGGCCCUACCAACAAAAGAGUUUCCUUUUGAGAGCCUUAGAGCUAUUCUUUCAGAGUCUUCAAACGAUCAAAUGCUCUCAGGCAGGAUGCCAACAGUGUCACCACUAAAGCUUGAUAAAAGUUCAAAGCAGGCGGGAGACUGACGGUCUACAUGUCUAUAAUUGCACUGCACGCGCCUGAUUGUCAUCGGUCAGUAGCACAAGACAAUAGACUUCACGAAUGGACCAAUGAUCAGACACUUUAUGCAGGACCCAACAGGCUAGUGGGAGUGACUGUGUUACCUGCCACUGCUGAAAUCCACUCACAUUUGACGGACAUAGCCAAGUCCAGGUGUGAUGUGCCAGCUCAGCUGAAACUUAAGUUUCCCCAAGAUCCUUCAGGGAGGAGCCAGAAGAAACUUUCGACCUCAGCCAAAAGUAUAACUAUAUGCAGCUUAGGGGUUGGUCAUUUCAUACCUGGCAAGAUGGAGAAACGGUCCACAACGGAAGACGCUUUGGAGAGAGUUGUGCAGCCUGAUGACAGCAUGCAGGACUCAAAUGAGAACGCCUCUGAAACUGAGGAUGAAACAAACACAGGUGAUGAUGUCAAUUUUGAGCCAAAUUCUGAUGCCUCUGAUUCACCCAAUGACGCCACUGAGAUGGUGGUGGACAUGGAGGAGACAUCAGCUCAGGAAUGGAAAUCAAAACAUGGGAAAAUUGUCUGGUCUCCCACUCACUACGAGACGCUGCGCUACACUCCAUACAAAGUUCUCACCCCGGGACCCACACGAUACGCCAUCUCUCGGAUCAGCACUGUGAAGUCCUGCUUCGAUCUCUUCAUGACGGAGGAAAUCAUCCAGCUUGUUCUGGAUAUGACAAACCUGCAUGGGAGACGUUCGACCACAGAUUGGAAAGACAUAGAUGCCACUGACUUGCAGGCAUACUUUGGACUGCUGAUUCUGGCCGGUGUAUACAGGUCACGCAACGAGGAUACCCGCAGCCUGUGGGAUGACCACACAGGACGGGCCAUCUUCCGGGCCACCAUGUCCCACCGUGCAUUCAAUACUAUAAAUUCAAACCUGCGAUUCGAAGACAAAAAGACACGAACUGCGCGUCGUAAGGAUGACAAGCUGGCUGCCUUUCGGACCAUCUGGGAGAAGUGGGUGCAGCGCCUCCCUCGUCUGUUCAACCCGGGCCGGGAUGUCUGUGUAGAUGAGCAGCUUGUUGCUUUCAGGGGCCGCUGUGGAUUCCGCCAAUACAUACCCAGCAAACCUGCAAAAUAUGGGUUAAAGAUCUGGGUCACCUGCGACGUCAGUACAUCAUAUGCAUGGAAGAUGCAAAUCUACAUGGGAAAAUCUGCUGACGGUGCCCCGGAGGUGAACCAGGGAAAGAGGGUCGUCCUGGACAUGACGGAGGGGCUCAAGGGGAACAUUGUGACUUGUGAUAAUUUUUUCACCUCUUACGCACUGGCAGAGGAGCUUCUGAGAAGGAAAAUGACCCUGGUUGGUACAAUUCGUAAGAACAAGCCAGAGCUUCCCCCGGAGCUGGUGAACAUAAAGCACAGAGCGCCCUUAUCCUCCCUCUUUGCCUUCACCAAGACGCACACAUUGGUGUGCUACGUACCAAAACGGGGGAAGAAUGUAACGCUCCUCAGCACGAAGCACCGCGAGCCAGCUCUGAGUGACUUCGACCACAAGAAGCCAGUGAUAAUUACCGACUACAACAGCUGCAAAGGAGGUGUCGACAACCUAGAUAAGUGUGUUGGCACCUACAGCUGUCGGAGAAAGUGCUAUCGGUGGCCACUGGCUCUCUUCUACAACAUGCUGGACGUCUCUGCCUACAACGCAUUUGUGCUUUGGACAGCUGUAGAUCCCUCCUGGAACCAGGGCAAGACCUUUAAACGGAGGCUGUUCCUAGAGGAGCUGGGGAAAAUGCUGGUGUUGCCACAGAUGCAACGGAGACGGCGCCUCCCCCGCACAUCAUCCUCUGCUGCCAUGGUCGAGGGUAUGCAGAACCCAGGGGAAAGGGAUCCAGACAGCACCACCAGCAAAAGGAGAAGGCCGUGCAACUUCUGCACUAACAAAAAGGCAAAAACGUCCACCACUUGCAUCAACUGUGGCAAAUAUAUCUGCAAAGUCCACACAACAUCAUACUGCCGCAACUGCUGCAGAUGAACGGAACUCUCUCUCUUUUUCACACACACACACAAGGCCUAUAGCUAACUCUGUAUUUUUCUGGGCUUUUUAAGUAUUUCUUAAUGUUGAAUUAAAACAACUAAUUGCUAAAAUGACUUGUACAAGUGUGUUGUUUGGCAUCACCGCGCCAGCAGACGUGAACCGCUGUGUGUGCAGCUUUAAUCUCACAAUUAGCCCUUGCUGCAGUCACGCUGUCUGCUACUCCAAAAGUGGUCUUGCCUUGCUCGCGGUUUAUGAUAAGGGAUCUCAUCAGGGCGUAUAGCCUGAGUCCAAAAUAAAUAUGUAUUAGAGAGAUGUCACUCUCCUCUAGGUCAUUGUGGUGAUAAAUAUACCUAUACCUUAAAGGUAUUGACCGAAAUAACCCAGUACCAAAUAAUAUUGAAACUUCUCCAGUUAACAAUAACUGCAUUCGAUUCUUUGUUUUAUUUAAUUAUUUUUUUUUUAACCAGAUUGGGAGAAAAAACUACUAAUUGUGUGGUUUUGUUCGCAGCAACACUCCAAAGAAAGAGAAGGGCAUACCUUCUUGUAAACAUUAACUUCUAUGUAAUAUGUCUGUCAAUUUUGUAUUACAGCUUAGUCUGAAAACAUUGAUGAAUUACACAAUCUUUGUCUUUAUCUUUUUUUAAGUAUGACUAUUGAUAUGUAUGAUAUGUUUUGUUCUGUAUCUUCUGCACAAUGGUCAAACCUUUUUUUGUAAAUUCUCACUGUCUUUUUAAAAAUAUAUGUGCAAAUAAACUAAAACUAAUUGUUCUCUGUCAUGCCAUAUGUAGCUUUUAGAUUAGGAUUUAUUGUUUGGAUGAACUUUAGCAAUGAGUGUUAGAACACUUGUCAGGUAAUGUCAAGGCAAAACUAUAAAGAUACUGCAUUUGUGCGAUUCCAAUGCAAUAAAACUGAACUGAAAAAGA